AUGUGCCGCUUCCUCAUCUACUCCGGCCAAAGCCCCGUCCUGCUCUCCCACCUCAUCACCUCGCCCACCCACUCCAUCCUCACCCAGUCCUACGACUCACGCCUUCGACUCGACACCACACGACCUCACAAUGGCGAUGGCUUCGGAGUCGGCUACUACACCACUCUUCCCCAUCCAACACGCCGACCGUCGAUAACCAGCAACAGUACCGCAACCACAGGCCUUUAUCAGCUCUCCUCGAGACAGGACGAUGUGCUGGACCUCGGCCCAGAACCAUGUAUCUUCACCAGUACCAUCCCAGCCUGGAAUUGUCGGAACUUGGAACGAUUGGCAUCCAAAACCGUCAGUCCAUUGGUCUUCGCCCAUGUCAGAGCAAGCACCGAAGGCGCAUUAAGCGAUAGCAACUGCCACCCAUUCGCGAGAGGCGCCUUGAUGUGGAUGCACAAUGGUGGCAUUGGGGCUUGGAAGUUAGGCCUGAAGAAGCGUCUGGUCAUGGACGUCAAUGAUCGUUGGUUCGAAAGUGUCCAAGGCUCGACGGAUUCGGAGUGGGCAUUCGCAUUAUUCCUUGAUACCCUGGAGAAGUAUGGAGGUGUUGAUCCAGAUGAUGCCUCAAAGCAAAGAGAUGGUUUCGGUCAUACUGUGCUGAGGAAAGCAAUGCUCAAGACCAUCGAGAGGAUCAACGGCUUCAUCAAGUCGCUACCAGAAGACGUGAGAGAAGGCAACGAUGUCCGAAGUCUCCUGAAUUUCGCCAUUACAGACGGCAAGAGUGUAGUGUGUACUCGCUAUGUCAGCUCGAAAACUGACGAAGCAGCUUCCCUUUUCUUCAGCAGCGGCACCAAUUGGAGGGAACAGCCCUCCACAGUCCCCGCCGGCCAAAGCAAGAUUGGCAAAGGAGAGUACAAGAUGGAGAGGAGAGACAGAGGCGCGGAUAUCGUUCUCGUUGCCUCCGAGCCACUGACCUUCGAACGCGACAAUUGGGUGACGGUGCCUACGAACAGUGUCCUGACGAUCCACAAUCAAAACGUCCUGAUCCAUCCCAUCCUAGACGAAUUCUACAACUCGACAAGCACAUUUGUCAGGAGUGAUGCAUUUGCUGCAGACAAAGGUCAGACAACGGGCGACGGGCUGAACAGUCCAAAAAUGGUUCAAAAGAGAGGGAGCGUGCAUGGUUUUGCUGAGAACCGUGCCUCCGGCAUCGCUGUUGGAGCCGCUGUCUGA